AUGCGCAUCCUGUCCGCAUUCUUCGCUGUUCUCUUCACGUUCAUCAAUCCGACGAUGAUUGUAAAUGUCAUCUCGCAAAUUGAAGCUUUCUUCGCCACGAAUCUGCCGGAUGAGGUGAAGAUCAAAUUUCUUGAUGAAAUUGUUUCGUGGUUGAGGAAUCUUGAGCUCAAACCAUACGUUUAUUCUUUAGUAAUAUUUCUGACAAUUGGCCACAUCGCUGUCACCUGUUUUUCUUUAUAUGGCAUAUAUUCGGUCAAGGCGAAAUUCAUGAAACCAUUAAUUUUUGAUAUUUUUGCGAGUUUGGCAUUCCUGCUAUUCUUUGUUUUAUUCUCACUUUUCAUGUAUUGGCGUUUGAAUACAUUUGGCUCAUUGAAUGAAAAAGACACGACUAAAUUACAAUUGAGGAAUAUGUAUAUUGGCGUUGGAUUUCUAAUAGUCUAUUUAAUAUGGGCAAUUGUGACAUGCCUUGCACACUCAGAUACACACAAAUUGAGAGCUGACUUCAUGUAUUGGAUUGAAGAAGAACGAAUGUCAAUGAGAAGCAGACAUAAUGUCUCCGUUGAUAACAGAUCCGAUCGUUCUUCAAAGGGAUCUAAAGUCUCUAGAGCAUCUAGAAGCUCUGCCAGAUCAGCGAAAUCAGCAAAAUCGGAGGCAGGCACAAGUUCGGGCCAGAAAAGUCCAUCGAGCGAGUAUCAAAAAGUGGCAGUGACGCCGUGCAAUAGUCUAUCGAACUCGAAAAAACAGUCGGUAACUAAUGCACGGCUCUCUGUGCCCUUAUAG